AUGCCGCCACUAAGGCCAACACUGUCAACUGCAAAACUGCGUGCAAAACCAAGCGACCGCGACGCGGUCUCUGCCAAGUUAUCUGGUGUGGGCUUUCUCUUCUUGGGUUCACGAACAAAGUCAUCUCCCUCUGUCAACGCCUCAUUGGCUGACUUCCAGCACUACAUCCUGGCGCUGGGCACGGCCGUCAUGAUCCCGGCGGUGCUGGUGCCCAUGAAGGGCGGGAGCGACAUGAGUGCGCCUCUGCGUUUCUUGAUUCGCGCCACCCCCCAUGGGUUGGCGCCUCGCAUCACAAGUUUCAGUGCCAACAAUCUCUGGUGGUGUUCUCGGCUUGCCAUCUCGGAUGGGUUGCAGGGAGACAGGGUGAGGGUGGUGCAGACGCUGCUCUUCGUCACCGGCAUCAACACGCUGCUGCAGUCGCUCUUCGGGACGCAGCUGCCCUCGGUCAUAGGCGGCUCCUACGCCUUCCUCAUCCCGGUGAUGGCCAUCAUGCAGGACUCGUCGCUCGCGGCCAUACCUGACGAGCACGAGAGGUUCCUCCAGAGCAUGCGGGCCAUACAAGGGGCGGUUAUAGUGUCCUCCAGUAUUCAGAUCAUCCUUGGUUACAGCCAGCUCUGGGGUAUUUUCUCCAGAUUCUUCAGUCCACUGGGAAUGGCGCCGGUGGUUGCGCUGCUCGGUUUUGGCUUCUUCGAAAGAGGAUUCCUAGUGGUUGGGAGAUGCGUUGAGGUUGGCCUGCCAAUGUUAAUCCUCUUUGUUGUGCUUUACCAGAAUGUACAGAUAAGAGAGAUCCCCAUACUGGAACGAUUCUCCCUGUUCAUUUGUAUCGCAUUGGUCUGGGCUUAUGCUCAAAUCCUCACUUCUGGUGGCGCGUAUAAUCAUUUUGUACUACCAUUAGUAGUCAAUGCUGUGUAA